GAUUAAUAACUAUAUAUAGCUCUAGCUUAAAGGCAUUUAAUUUAAAAGAUAUAGAAAUAAUAAAAUUUUAUCUUAAAUUAAUAGUAAAGACUAAUAAAAAAAUAAGGGUAUAA